AGCGAACAUAAGCAGCAUACAUGAGCGCCCCUCCGUUGUAUGCCCUGCGAGGUGCAACCCGCGCUCCUCCUCUUCACGGCGAUGUCUCCACCUUCACCUCGGCGGCACACGGUGGUUCGCUGCCACACGACGCCGCCCUCCUCACCGUGCCAGACGCGCAGCUGUGCGGCCUCUUUCGGGUCUCUCUCAGCACCGUGUGGCGAUGGAGAGCUGAGGUGAGUCGCCGCUGUAGCCCUCUCUUCCGGGAUGCGAAGCGUCGUGCCGUCGACACUGGCGAUGGCAAUUCGAGCGAAAGAACGCAGCCACCGGGCGGGGAGCACCCUUCGGCCAUCGUACAAGAUAAGAGGUGCACAGCCUCGCUUCCCACCGGCCUCGCCACCCUCGACGCUGCGCUGCUCGGUGGUCUGCGGAGGGGGUGGAUUACGGAGCUGACGGGUCUGGCAAACAGCGGCAAGACGACGUUGGCGGCGGCGUGGUGCCGUCAUUGCGUCAGCGAGGCAGCGCACGCCUCUGCUGGCAUAUACGAUUGUGUGUGGCUGCAGUCGCACUCCACCGUCGAAGCAGCAGUGCUGUCCAUCGCCGCUGACGUAAAGGCCUCACCACGCCGUGCGAACACAUCGAUGGAAGCACGAGAGAACGGCUUACAAGAUGCGGUGCACGUGGCGUGUCUACCCGAUCUGGACGCUCUCCAGGAUCUCCUGCAGCUGUGGUUAGACGACGCUUCGUCGCUGCGGACGGUGGGGCUCGUGGUGCUCGACAGCAUCACCGAGCUCGCGCGUAGAAGCUUCAGCUACUCGGCGCAGGAUGCGCUGCACCGGCACGACACACUGGCCAGCGUUAUGCAGACGUUGAAGCGAGUUGCAGAGGAUCGACAAGUCGCGGUGUUGGUGCUGUCUCAGCAGCACGCGCUGCGCUCCUCGCCUUUCUGCGAUGGUGGCUACAGCAACGACGAUGAGCUUCAGGGAUUUGGCGGCGACGCACCCAGCAAGGGCAGCUCCUCUGCGUCUUCUCCUUUGGGUUCCAACGGCAAAGUUUGGUCGACGUACGGAAUCGAAAGCGACUCGCCCAGCAGCCCCGAUGUGGGAAAGCUAGGCCGACUGUUCUUUCACAGCGUCAACGUGCGUCUGCAGCUUCGGGCGGUGCACCGUGCCGGCACGAACGCCGUCACCUUCGACGCGUCUACGCUUUCCUUUUCCACCAAAGCCGGCGGGGCGUGUUGGCAGCUGGAGGUGUUGAAGUGUCCGCUGUGUGCUCCUCUCGCGGUGACGCUUCAGCUCAGCGUCUGCAACGGUCACGCUCGAGCAGCGGAAGAGAAUAUGCAAAAAGAAGAAGAUGAUGAUGAUGCUGCUGAUGAUGUAAGCCGUGCGUCGCCUCUCUCGGUGGUGGAAGUGGCAGGGCAGCACGCAAUGGAGUCGCUGAGCCGGGAUGAAGAGGCAGGCGGUGAGCUGCUCUACGCUGCUGUGGACCCGUCGGACUACACCGCAGUUCCGGCCUUUCUGUACUUUUGA